ACGAAGUGAUAGCGGGGCGCUGGAGUGGCCGUCUCACGAAGAAAGAGAGAGCGCUUUGAGCUCGUGGAGUCACUGACAUUUUCCGCCGGCGAAUCAGAAGUGAGAAAUAACUAUCGAAAGGCUGUUCAUAAGAAUCAUAACCAUGACUGACUAUCUACAGGAGCAGGAGAUGGAAAUUGAGGCCUUGGAAGCUAUACUCAUGGAUGAUUUCAAAGAAAUUCACUCUAGUGAGAGUGGUUUAGCUACUUCCAAUCGAUGCUUCCAAAUAAAGCUGGCCCCACAGGAUGAUGAAAUUGACGAGUCGUCUAUUCCAGUUCAGUUGGCUUUGAUUUUCUCGCACACAGAAAAAUAUCCAGAUGAGCCUCCACUUUUAAAUGUGAAAAGCUUACGUGGAAUACAAAUUGAAGAUCUUAGAAUUUUGAAAGAAAAGCUUCAACAAGAGGCGUGUGAAAACCUUGGCAUGGCUAUGAUUUACACACUAGUUGCAUCAGUUAAAGAGUGGAUUUCUGAACGAUUUUGUCAAGACACAACCAUUGAGAAUGCCAAUGCUGAAGAGGCUGCAAAAGAGGACAUAAUUAUUCCUCAUGGAGAACCAGUUACUGUUGAUACCUUUCUGGCAUGGAGAGAGAGGUAUGAAGCAGAAUUGGCACUAGAACGAGCCAAGUUAAUGCCCGAGUCUGUGCUUACAGCUACUAAGGAAAAGAAGCUUACAGGAAGACAGUGGUUUGAAAGCGGAAGAGCUGCUGCGAAAGGCGCAGCUCCAGUUACUGAAGGAUCUGACGUGGAAGAUGAGGAAGAGAUUGACUUUGAUGAUGAUGAUUUUGAAGAUGAUGAAGAUAUGCUCGAGCACUACCUGGCUGAGAAAUCUGACCCAUCCUCUCAUUCUUCCAGGAAAGCUAACUAAGAAAUGAAUAUGGAGCACUAUUUGGGAUGGAUCAAUUUGUGUAGUUUUUAUCACAUGUCUUUUUGCCUUGUUUAUCUUGAGGGGGGGAGAAGGGAACGCAGUUUUGCAACCAUGAUGUUCUUAAAUACAAGUAAAUAGGUGGUGGUGUUGCAUGAAAACAUUGUACAAGCCACAGAUGGACAAGAUAGAUUUAUGGACCUAUCUACCUCCACCCCCACCCGUUGAUCCCACAUGACGCCCAGGCCGAGAAAGGACCCACCGUCCCUCCAACCCAGAACAGCCAGAACUGCCGUCGUUUUCCUUAUUAAAGAAAAAUUUUCGAUUCGAAAUAUAUAUACUUCUUAUGUUUUCUAGUUAUUAUCAACAAAUGCAGCCUAUGUGAAAUAUUUUUCCCCCCUUUAUCGCUUAUUUCUUCAUGUAUAUUUGACUUUUCUGCCAACUUUUAACGUGUUUACGUGGCUACAAUGUACCUUAUGAAUUGUUAGCCUAGAAAGAACGGAGUUGCUGUGUA